CGAUCUCCGCGGCGGCUCCUUCCCGAUCGGGUGACAUUCUCCUGGUGCUUGCAACGAGGUGGGGAAGACGUAAAGGACACAAAUGUCCUCCAACAAACGCCAACGCACGCUUUCGGGGUCGCGAUUAUCGCUCCCAUCUCAAUCUCAAUCUUCAUCGCUGUCGCCAGAAAUCGAACCCAUGUAUAAGUCUAGUCGCACCGCACAGGAGGCAACGGGGGAUCGCCAUUUGCUCUGCACACUGCCCCCGACGUGUAAUCCGCCGCAUAACCGCCCGACACCGAUUGCAAACUCGAGAGAUCUAGAGGCGCAUUAUGGAAAAUACCACGCGCAAGUUUGUGAGCAGAAGGGGUGUGGGUACGUAUUUCCCGAUGCGAGGUUGCUGGAGCUUCAUCAAACUGAGUGCCAUGAUCCACUUGCUGCUGUGCGGAAAGAUAGAGGGGAUAAAAUCUUUGCUUGUCAUCUUGUAUCGUGUCCACGUUUAUUCCAGACACCCAAAGCACGUCGAUUACAUCUUAUUCAAGCACACUCAUACCCCAAAGAGUACUUUUUCGCUGUGACAAACAAAGGUGUGGGUGGUCUACUUAAGCGCUGGGGAGAUGGUGCCAGCAUGAUCAGAGGAACCUGGAAGCCCAGGGAUAAUAAAAACGAGGGGAAAGACUCGGAAGAUGACGAAAUGGUCGUAGAUGAGGAAGAGGAAGAUGAAGAUAGCGAUGAAGGCGAAGAUGAAGAGUCGAGCAGCGGUGACGAACAAAACGGAGAAGCGACACCAAGAAUACGUCACCAUCAAGAGCUCGAGGAAAUACCUACUGCACGAGGCGCUGUCUCACCACCACGGCGAGGAAAUGGCGCGGUGCAGACCGCAGCUGACCAUGACGUAGACAAACUGGCAAACUCGAUGAACUCUCUUCAGUUGGUCCCACCAUCUAUACGGUUCGGGAGAGGCGGGAAGAAUGGGGGAUUUGUUCAUCCAGAGAUGCACAAUCCACAGGUCAGCAAAUUUAAUCCUCACGCCUUCGGUCCAAGAGGCGGUAGAGGUAGAGCGAGGAUAGCAACCGCGGUUCAUCCCCGUGCUGGAUCACAUAAUGCACAGAUUGGUGCGCCUCACUCUUCUACAGAGGUUGACGUACAGCCUGGGAGAGGUGGUGCAUCCCCUCGCGGAAAAGGGGGCAUGAUCAGUAUCAGGGGAGGCUUCAGAGGACGUGGGCGCGGGUCAUAGAGGGAAGUGAUGGAGAUUAGGCGGGAUGAUAGGAGCAGAUAUCAU